AUGCUUCAAUUCGGCUAUAAUGCUACUGCACCGAUGAGACAUAAACAACACGUUACUGCUCUCUCCUUAGCAAAGAAUGAUGAUGCCCAACUAAGUUUAGAGGAAUUAUUUAAUCCUUCAAGAUUAGUUUUACCAGAUGAAUUUGCAGAUUUAGAAGGUUUGGAAGGUUUCUGUGAUAAUGAUGAACAAAGUGCAUUCCUAGUUAAAUGUAAAUCUUUUAUUAGUAAGGAAAUAAGAAUAUUAUUAGCCAAAGCAGAUAUCAAGCCCUUGGGUAGCAAUCAGGAAGAAUUCAAAAGAUUAAGAAGAUCUUUCACGCGAGAUUUUACUUAUCAGUGUGGCCGUUAUGGUUGUACUGUUACCGGCUGGCCAAGGUCACUCGACAAACUGACAGUCGUUGCAUAUUCUACGUCACAAUGUUAUCAAAUGGCGCGACAUCUACUUUUCAGGAGAUUGGAAAUACGUAGAAUCACUCCUUUUGAUUCCAAAAGCUUAAUAAGACCAUAUAUUUCUUUACAUACGAACAAAAAAACUGAUGCACUUGAAGGAGAAGAUUUAGACGAUGGAAUUGGUGUCGAUGAUGAUGGUGUACCAUGCUUCAAGACCUCAGACAUACGAAACGAAGAGCUGAUUAAUGUGGAAGCACGACAAUGUAACUUGUGUCUUAAAACCUUCCCAAGUGAGGCUGCUUUGCAAACUCACUAUUACUUUUCCACAACCGGUCCAAUCCCUUGCGAUCAAUGCAAUCACAAAUUCCACACAAAAAAACACUUAGAAUCCCAUAAAGGACACAUACAUGGCAUCAUGCGAGUUUCCAUAUGUGAACAAUGCGGGCUAACGUUUUUGGAAUUGGACCAGCUAUUAGACCAUUAUUGUUCAGUCAGUAUUGGAAAUCUAGCAUGUACUGUCAAUAAUUGCCAGCACAGGUUUAAAUCGAUUGAAGAUUUGCAAAUUCACAUUAAGAUAUGCCACAAGAAGCGUCAGAAGCGAUUCUUAUGCACGUGUGGCUAUGAAGUAGAUUCUUUAUAUACAUUUGAGAAUCACUUCAGAAGGUUUGCAGAAAAUAAUCACAAGCUUAAAUGCCCAUUUUGCCCACAUAAUUUCCCAAGUCAUGGAGCUAGAGGCAGUCACAUUACUACUAUCCAUAGCAAGGAUGCCCAAAGCGUUUAUUACGAUGUUAGGAAAAACGAGUACAUCAGUGUAGGCGAUACUGGAUCCACAGAAACACAGCUCUUAAGGAAUGGAAAUCCGUGUUAUCAAGUUUUGAAGUCAUGUGAGAGCUGUGAAUUUACAGGUACAGAUACAGAACUGCAAGAACAUUAUGCGAUCGUUGGUGAUCCUAAAAAUUUGGAAAUUUGUGCUAUUUGUCAACACCGGUUUCCUGAUGCAAUGUGGGUAAAAAUGCAUCGUGAUAUAGAUCAUCAUAAUGUGGUAGAGAACACACCGCAAGACUUAGAGAUUUCGGCACCAGUUGACCCACCAAGGGAGGAGGCCCCUUAUGCUAUACCAACAUCAAAUGGCUCUUUCAGGUGCUCUAUUUGUAGAUAUGAAGAUGGAGAAGAUAAAGUAAACCAUCACAUAAAUAUAAGUUCGAUAACGGUUGGAAAGAAAUUACAUUUGUGUAAGCUUUGUACACACACCUUUAGACUUCCAGGGACCUACGCACGACAUGUAAUUAGGGAUCAUGAGAAGGAGUGGUCAGCACUACCGCACAAAGGUGAAAUGAUCGCUACUGGCACUCGCACAUACAAGGAAAACUUGCAAAUUUUCUACUGCUCCGAAUGCGGGUGCAGUGGUAUCAAAAGUAGCAUUCAAGUGCACCUUGUCGUAUCAAAUGCUAUCGGUACACCUGUCUUUCGGUGUCCUUUCUGUAGACACUCCUUCAACUCUUCGGUAUCACAGUCUCUCCAUAUCACUAAGUUUCAUAGAGAUCAAUAUAACGCAAGUCAGAACUUGGUACUGAUCGAAAAGUAUGGCUGUGGAAUUGAAUUAACCACUAAAGGCCCUUUUAAGUGUCAGAAAUGUAAGAGAGUCGAUGGUUUACGUCAAGCGAUUGUAGUGCAUAUAGCAGAAACUGCCCGUCCAGAUAAUCUUCAAGAUAGGAAGUCGGGAUUUAAAUGUCAAUAUGAUUCUCAUUGGUUUAAAAACAAAGCACAAUUUACAAAGCAUAUCAGAAACUUUUGUUAUAAAGGGACAAGAGAAGGACCAAAUGAGACGAUACAACGUAAGCAAUGUCCAGUUCUUUUUAGGGAAGAAACUAGAGACGAUGACUUAAAAGUUUGCAGCGUCUGUGCUUUUAAAGGUGAUAAUGAGUCGUUCCAACUUCAUCUUGAACUAACCCAGGUAACAUCACGUGAUAAAGACACAAGGCAUGGUUGUGGCUACUGCAGUCAUACGUUCAAAUGCGAAAAUGAUCGGUUUUGGCACGAGGUCUCAAUUCAUCCUUAUGAUGUAAUGUAA